CAUUACUGACGCUCUUGUUGCCUUCAUUCAUUGAACAAGGGAGUAUUAUCUUUCAAAAUGAUUACUAAACUGGACAGUGUGCUUCUGACACAGAAGAAGUUUAUUUACCACUACAAGAACGUACGCUGGGCAAGGGGGAGGCACGAGACCUACUUGUGUUUCGUGGUGAAGAGAAGGGAUGGUCCGGACACACUUUCAUUUGACUUUGGGCAUCUACGCAACCGCUCCGGAUGUCACGUAGAGCUUGUCUUCCUUCGCCACUUGGGGGCGCUAUGUCCUGGGCUGUGGGGCUCAGCUUCAGGGGGCCCUAAGCUCUCCUACUCUGUAACGUGGUUCUGCUCCUGGUCCCCAUGCUACAACUGCUCCCGCCGGCUGGCUCACUUUCUGACUCGAACCCCCAACCUAAAGCUACGCAUCUUCUGCUCCCGCCUUUAUUUCUGUGAUGUGGAGGACAGCGGAGACAGUGAGGGGCUGAGGCUUCUCAAGAGGGCUGGGGUCCAGCUCUCCGUUAUGACCUACAAAGAUUACUUCUACUGCUGGCAGACGUUUGUGGCGCGCAAGGAGCGCGGGUUCAAAGCCUGGGAGGGACUGCACCAGAACUCAGUGCGGCUCGCCAGGAAGCUCAACCGCAUCCUACAGGUAACAGCACACUCAACAGAAGCAACAAUUCGAAUUUCUCAACGCGCACUUCUAACUACCGAAGCACACGACCGCGAUAAAGCGACAGUCCGAAGGGAAAUCGCCGCUUUCGGAUUCCUUUUCCGGACUGCUUUGCGUCCAGUCAAAUUUUAGUCUGCUUUGCGAUCAAUAUUGCGUACAAAACGUACGCGUUGUCCCUAUGGCUACGAAUGCGGCCUGUACAGCUGGAACACACGCCUGUUGCUUUAUCUGGAGUCGGCACAGAACGUGAGUGUGCCGUGCGGUAAAAUGCUCUUCCUGCUCCAUCUCCCCCACAGCCCUGCGAGACGGAGGAUUUAAGGGAUGCCUUUGCACUCCUGGGACUAUGAAACCGCUGACCUCUUUUCCUAACUCUGGUGCUCCGGCUCAAAGCUGACAUGGAAACAUGGUGCUGUGACAAAUCUACUGAAUCCAGAACUUGAAUUUAGAACUUGAAAUAGGUUUUGUAGAGCAUUAAAGUAGCAGUCCGUGAAUCCUCUUGUGUAACUGUCUGCCAUUAAAACCACUCGACUGAAUUAAGCUUCUCCGUCUGAUUCUUAAGUUCUCCAAAAUGUCCCUCAGCAGCUCACUUUGUCAUCAACGUGCUUCCUACAGCAGAACACAAGUCUCUGUUACCUUAAACAUUACAUUUCAUUACAUUUUUUUUUUAAACUUUUUACAGUCUGCUGGAACGACCAC